AUGGCUGCUUUCGUCGCUGAUAUCGCUCCGAAUUCCCAACUUCUCUCUGGCCCGGCGCAAGAUUCACUGGAGGAGAUCAUGUCUGCCAUGUUUGCACUCAAUGUUGCAGAUUCGGGCAUGAACGUCGCACUUGCCUGCCAGCAAGUCCAGACAACCGAGGCCCAAGUCGAGAUGGUUGAUUCAGGUCUCAAACCUGAUCUGGUCAAGAAUCUCCUAUGCUGGAUUGCUGAUCAUGGCUAUGCUUUCAAUACCAAUCGUCAGGAAGUAUACUCUACUCUGCAGGCUGCGCUCUGGGGCCUCGGAGUUGCUGGCGGUUACACUACCAACAGAACCGAGAUUUGUGACAAUCUGGGUCUCUUCGAUACCAUUGGAGACUACCUGGGCAUCCAUGUUGCACAAUAUCAGAACCUUGUCUGCAACAACAUUCCCUCUUCAACUCCAUCAAUUACCAGCUUCCCAAAUUCUACCGCAAUUACUCCAUCUGUUUCGAGCAAUCUGACAACCUCGGGUCAUCCUACAGCAUGGACCUCCAAUGUAACCGCCUGGGGCUCGGGGACUCCCUGGCGAGGAGGCAACCGCACCACCUGGGGGCCACCUAUCUCGUUCACCGGCACCACCUGGGGGCCACCUAUCUGGUUCACCGGCACCAUCGGCACCGGCUGGUCAGCAACUGGAAACCCUCAGACCAACAAUGUCACUGGGACAGUCGCGGCGUCAGGCAUGAGAACUGGGAGACCUCGGACCAGCAAUGUCACUGAGCCCACUGGUACUGGUGUGGGAUCGCGCAUAGGAACCGGCAGCCCUCAGACUUACAAUGCCACCCUACCCGCUGGUACCGGUGCAUUCUCAGAUGCUGCAGGCGAUAGUCCUCGGACUAACAAUUUCACUCAGCCCACCGGCACGGAUGUAGCAUCGGGCACCGCCACAGAACUGUUGAACCAGACCUCCAUUGUUCCAUGCACGCCACCUACACCUACUGCCAAACUGUUUUUCCCGGCCGUAUCAACCACGAACAGCCAUUACCUUUUCAAGCGGUAUUAG